AUGGGACAGAGUAUAAAUGAAUUUAAACUCAUAUCAGAAACUUUCACAUCUUCUGCAUCUUCCACAAUAACACAAGAGGUUAGACACAUCCAUUUAGAGCGAAAUAUAAUUGUGACUAAAGAAGAUUUGUUGCUAUUCAAAAAACUAAAUAAAGAACAACUAACAGCAUAUGACGCCAUCUUUGAUAGAAUAUUUUCAAAUGGAUCAAGAGUUUUUUUUAUUGAUGGUCUUGGAGGAACAGGAAAAAGCUUCUUAUACCGUGCUCUACUAGCUAUGGUACGAUCCAGGGGAUUUAUAGCUUUAGCUAUAACAACUUCUAGUUUUGCGACUUUCGUACUUCCUGGUGGCCGGACUGCUCACUCCCGUUUUAAACUUUCUAUUGAUACAAGUAGAAAUUAUAGUUGCAAUAUAAGUAAACAAAGUUCGCUUGCAUCUUUAAUCCGAGAUGCAAAACUAAUAGUAUGGGAUGAGGUGUCAAUGGCAAAGAAAAAACUUGUUGAGACUUUUGAUUUACUCUUGAGAGAUAUUAUGGACAAAGAUACACUCUUUGGUGGUAAAGUCGUCGUUUUCGGAGGUGAUUUCAGACAGACUUUGCCAGUUAAAGGUAAACCAUUUAGCAUUUGGAUUUGUGUACCAAAAGUUAUGGCUGGUAUAUUACAGGCUGUCCGAGAAGAUGAAGAAGAAAUUUGUGUUGCACAGAGCUGA